ACUGCAACCCAUAUGAAAAUUUUCUCUCAUGUUCGCAAUUCGUGCUUCUCCAUUCAAUCCUAUUCUUAACUCCUUUGCAUCCCAUGGAAUCAGCAAUUCUCAUGAAACAUGCAACAAAAAGUUAAAAGAAAAAAAAAGAAGAAGAAGAAAAACACUUUGUAAUACCUAGCUCAAAAAUUGUACGUACAAUUAGCUAGCCAGAUAGAAAGAAAACAAUGUCGACAUCCCCGAAGAAAACCCCGAUCAAGUUCGCCCGCCGAACACUAAGCGGCCGAAUCCAAAGCCUCUCUCGCGAAGACAUCGACCUCGGCCCUGACCUCACCUCCACCUCCUCCGGGGUCCAUGAUGACUACAACUACACCGUCCACAUGCCUCCGACCCCGGACAACCAGCCCUUCGUCGGAGGCCCCAAGCAGCGUGCGGGGCAUCGAGGAGGCGAUGAUGGCGGCAGCGGCGGAGGAGGAAGAGGGAAGCUCGACCGGAGGAUGUCGGUGAUAAAGACGAACAAAUCGAUGCUGAUGAGGAGCCAAACGGGGGAUUUCGAUCACACGAGGUUCUUGUUCGAGAAAAAUAAGGGGACGUAUGGGAUCGGGAAUGCUUACUGGCCGGCCGACGGAGGAGGGUACGAUGAUGAUGUUGUUGGAGGGAUGAGUAUGGAUGACUUCUUGGAUAAGCCCUGGAAGCCGCUGACAAGAAAAGUUCGGGUGCCACCGGGGAUUCUUAGCCCUUACAGGAUUCUGAUUUUCAUACGCUUGGUAGUCCUGGGCUGUUUCCUAACAUGGAGAAUCUGCAACCCAAACUGGGAUGCAAUGUGGCUCUGGGGCAUGUCCCUAGUGUGCGAGCUCUGGUUCGCCUUCUCCUGGCUCCUUGACAUUCUCCCCAAACUCAACCCCAUCAACCGAGCCACCGACCUUGACGCCCUCAAAGAGAAGUUCGAGUCCCCCUCGCCUUCCAACCCCGAUGGGCGAUCUGAUCUCCCUGGCAUGGACAUCUUCAUCUCCACAGCUGAUGCAGAGAAAGAGCCACCACUGACUACCGCGAACACUGUGCUCUCAAUUUUGGCGACUGAGUAUCCUGUUGAGAAGCUAGCAUUGUAUAUAUCGGAUGAUGGGGGGUCUAUGCUUACCUUUGAGGCGAUGGCUGAGGCUUCAUCGUUUGCAGAGAUCUGGGUGCCGUUCUGUCGAAAGCAUAAUAUUGAGCCCAGAAAUCCUGACAGUUAUUUUGCACUAAAGGGUGAUCCAACAAAGAACAAGAAGACGCCUGAUUUUGUCAAGGACCGAAGGUGGAUCAAGAGGGAAUACGACGAAUUCAAAGUGCGAAUCAACAACCUCCCAGAAAAAAUCAAGAAGAGAUGCAGUGAGAUCAACAAACGCGAGCAAAAACAGCAGAAAAAGCUUGCCAAAGAAAAGGGCGAAUCCAUCGACUCCAUAAAACUCGCAACAGCAACUUGGAUGGCGGAUGGCACUCACUGGCCUGGCACCUGGUACCAAUCCGCCCCUGACCACGCCAAAGGCGACCAUGCCGGAAUCAUUCAGGUCAUGAUCAAAACCCCCAGCCACGAACCUGUCUAUGGCAAUCCCGGCGACCACCCAUUCAUAGACAUCACCGGGAUUGACACUAGAAUCCCUAUGUUCGUCUACAUGUCUCGCGAGAAACGCCCUGGGUAUGAUCAUAAUAAAAAGGCAGGAGCAAUGAAUGCAUUGGUUCGUGCAUCAGCGAUACUCUCAAAUGGUCCUUUUAUACUUAACUUUGACUGCGAUCACUAUAUUAAUAAUUGUAUGGCGAUUCGGGAGGGGAUGUGUUUUAUGUUGGACAGAGGUGGGGAUCGAAUUUGCUACAUACAGUUUCCACAGAGGUUUGAAGGGAUUGAUCCUUCAGACCGCUAUGCGAAUCACAAUACCGUGUUCUUCGAUGGCAAUAUGCGUGCGCUCGAUGGCCUGCAAGGUCCGAUGUAUGUGGGUACAGGAUGUUUGUUCCGUCGAUAUGCCUUGUAUGGUUUCAAUCCGCCGCGUGCAAAUGAUUAUUAUGGUGCCAUUGGGCAAAUCAAGGUGCCAGCUGAGCCGAUCCCAGUGUUGGCACCAGUAACGGGGGAGGACAGUGAAGAAGGUGGCAGUGAGGCCAAUGAACGGGACAUGCACCCAGAUCUUAUCACUCCGAUGAAGUUUGGAAAUUCACCUAUGUUUCUGAAUUCGAUACCAGUUGCCGAGUUUCAGGGGCGGCCCCUGGCUGAUCAUCCUUCGGUGAAGCAUGGUCGACCGCCUGGUUCACUGCUUGCACCUAGGCCACCGCUUGAUGCAGCCACUGUUGCUGAGGCUGUCUCGGUCAUCUCAUGCUGGUAUGAAGACAAAACUGAAUGGGGUGACCGAGUAGGCUGGAUCUAUGGCUCAGUGACAGAGGACGUCGUAACAGGAUACCGGAUGCACAACCGUGGAUGGCGCUCCGUCUACUGUGUAACAAAACGCGACGCCUUCCGCGUCCUCAAAUUCCUCCAACGCAUCGCUUACCUCAAUGUUGGCAUUUAUCCUUUCACGUCAAUCCUACUCACCGUCUACUGCUUUCUACCCGCUCUAUGCCUCUUCUCCGAUCAAUUCAUUGUUCCUGGUCUCAACGUAACGUUCCUUGUAUUCCUACUCACUAUCACCAUCACUCUCGCACUUAUCUCCCUCUUAGAAGUGAAAUGGUCAGGGAUUGCACUCGAAGAGCUAUGGAGAAACGAGCAGUUUUGGGUCAUAGGAGGAACAUCAGCUCACCUUGCGGCGGUCCUUCAGGGCCUACUGAAAGUUAUUGCAGGGAUUGAGAUCUCAUUCACUCUUACAGCCAAAUCGGCAAACGAAGAUGAAGAAGACAUAUAUGCCGACCUGUAUGUGGUCAAAUGGACAAGCUUGUUCAUUAUGCCAUUGACGAUCAUUUCUGUCAAUUUCGUGGCGCUAGUUAUCGGGGCUGCACGGACGAUAUACAGUGAGAUACCGCAGUGGAGUAAGAUGCUAGGGAGUAGUUUCUUUAGUUUCUGGGUGUUAACACAUAUGUAUCCAUUUAUGAAAGGGUUGAUGGGGAGGAGAGGGAGGGCGCCGACGAUUCUUUGGGUUUGGGUUGGACUUAUUUCCAUCACGGUUUCUUUGCUUUGGGUGGCGGUCCGACCAACUGUAGGGACUUCCGUGUAGAAGAGAUCAAGAACAUAGGAAAAAUAAAAAUUAUACGGUUCCAUGUCUUUCUACUGUCUACACUGUGAAUAAACAAGAUGGAGAAUUAUGGCUGAAGGUUUCUGUGAUCUUUUGAUAGAUUUGCUGCAUAAUUUUGUAAGUACUUUAGACCAGUUAGAAACUGUAAGCAAUGAUAUAAUAAACUUUAGUUUGAAAACUUUUGGGGCUC